GCGGUCACGACACCGGUACACUCGCUGCAUGAUGGCCGAGGGAGGCGGACCCGAGUCGGGCGGCGCGGCAGACUCCGACUCGGAGCCGGUAGCCGCUCAAAUGCCAACACCUUCAACAGAAAGCCAAAAACAGACUAUUGGGUCACUUUUGAAAACGACUCUAAGAAAGGGUGACGAAUGGUAUCUAAUAGACAGCCGGUGGUUCAAACAAUGGAAGAAGUAUGUUGGAUUCGACAGCUGGGAUAUGUACAAUGUUGGAGAACGUAGCCUCUAUCCAGGACCCAUUGAUAACUCUGGACUGUUCUCAGACCAGGAGACUCAGGCCCUGAAAGAGCACCUUAUAGAUGAGCUUGAUUAUGUCCUUGUACCCACUGAGGCAUGGAAUAAGCUUGUCAGCUGGUAUGGCUGCCUUGAUUGCCAGAGACCCAUUGUUCGGAAGGUUGUUGAACAUGGAAUGUUUGUCAAGCAUUGUAAGGUGGAGGUCUAUUUGCUGGAACUGAACUUGUGUGAGAAUGACAACAUGGACAAUGUGGUCACGCGUCAUUUCAGUAAAGCUGACACUAUAGACACUAUAGAGAAGGAUAUGAGGACACUGUUCAAUAUCCCGUCAGAGAAAGAGACACGGCUCUGGAAUAAAUACAUGAGCAACACCUACGAGCAGCUGAACAAGCCAGACAGCACUGUACAGGAUGCUGGACUCUUCCAGGGGCAGGUGCUUGUGAUUGAGCGGAAGAAUGAGGAUGGCACUUGGCCCAGACAAGCCUCUCAUCCUAAAUCCAGUACAACACCAUCAAGGAACUUCACUACCUCCCCAAAACUCUCCUCCAACUCAACAGCCAGCAUCUCCUCAACAGUAACUAACGGAGACAGCAGCCCUGGCUACACACUUAACAACAGCACCACCUCUGGCAACAGAUUGGGAGGCUACAAUUCAUACAGCUCCUCCUACAACUACAGAGAGUCCCAGUCACAGCCUGGCCUGUGUGGUCUCAGUAAUUUGGGAAACACGUGCUUUAUGAACUCUGCCCUCCAGUGCCUGAGCAAUGCAUCUCCACUAACGGAGUACUUCCUGGAAGAUCAAUACGAGGCAGAGAUUAACCGAGAGAAUCCUCUGGGAAUGAGGGGCGAGAUUGCAGAGGCUUAUGCUGAUCUAGUAAAACAGAUGUGGCUGAGCCGCAGCAGCUAUGUUGCCCCUCGCACCUUCAAAACCCAGGUUGGACGCUUUGCCCCCCAGUUUUCAGGCUACCAGCAGCAGGACUCACAGGAGCUGUUGGCCUUUCUGCUGGACGGGCUCCAUGAAGAUCUGAACCGCGUCAAGAAAAAACCUUACCUGGCCCUGAGGGACGCGGAGGGACGCCAGGAUGAGAUUGUUGCCAAGGAAGCCUGGACAAACCACCGCUUGCGUAAUGACUCCAUCAUCGUUGAUAUUUUCCACGGCCUCUUCAAAUCCACUUUGGUGUGCCCAGAGUGCUCCAAGGUGUCAGUAACCUUUGACCCAUUCUGCUACCUCACACUGCCUCUGCCCAUGAAGAAGGACCGCACAAUGGAGGUUUUUCUGGUGCGGUCAGACCCUCAGUCUCGACCCACACAGUAUCGAGUGGUGGUCCCUAAACUUGGUGCGGUGUCAGAUCUGAGCAGCGCCUUGUCCAAACUCUGUGGUUUCCCUCCAGAAAACAUGGUGGUGGCGGAUGUUUACAAUCACAGGUUCCAUAAAAUUUACAGACGAGAUGAUGGACUCAACCAAAUCAUGGAAAAAGAUGACAUUUUUGUGUAUGAGGUACAGGAAGAGGACAGUGAGAGGAUGAACCUGCCUGUAUAUUUCAGGGAGCGCCACUCCAAGCAUGCAGGAAGCUCUGCAAGCACCAUGUUGUUUGGUCAGCCUUUACUCAUCACUGUGCCCCGACAGAACCUCGUAGCAGAUGUUCUUUACGACAAGAUCCUUGAGAGGAUCGGACGCUAUGUGACGCAAUCCCAGAGCCAUAACAGUGAAAGCAGGGCCUCCUCCUCAGCCACCUUCACCAGCUGCAGCCGGGCUCCUGAAUGUUCAUCGUCCAGCCUGGGAGGCUGUGGCAGCCCCUUGUUGGACGGGGCGUCUUGCAGUGCCAGCUCCAGCAACGGCAGCAACCACUCAGGGACCUGCAAUGAAACCAAUGGGCUUUGUGAUGCUGAGGAGGAGGCCAUGGACCACCAAGUGAGUCCAGAGCCAGAGAACGGCCAGUCUGAAGAGGAGGAGGAGACCUCUGACUUGGAAAAUGGGCCCAAAGGAGACUCAGCCAAGCAGUGCUCUUCACCAGCCAAGCUCUUCACCUUCAGCAUUGUGAACUCAUAUGGAACAGCCAACAUCAGCCCGCUGCCUUGUGAUGGGAAUGUCCUCAAACUCAAUCCACAUUCCACUGUGGCGAUCGACUGGGACACAGAGUCAAAGAAACAGUGCUACGAUGAGCAGGAAGCUGAGGCGUAUGAGAAGCACGAGAGCAUGCUCCAGGCCCAGAAGAAAAAGGCCACAGUGGCUCUGAGGGAAUGCAUCGAGCUCUUCACAACCAUGGAGACACUUGGAGAACACGAUCCAUGGUAUUGCCCAACAUGUAAGAAACACCAACAGGCUACAAAAAAGUUCGACUUGUGGUCACUGCCUCGCAUUCUUGUAGUUCACCUAAAGCGUUUCUCCUACAACCGGUGUUGGAGGGACAAGCUGGACACAAUCGUGGACUUUCCCAUCAGGGAUCUGAACAUGUCCGAGUUUGUGUGCGACCCCAAGGCCAUCCCCUACACGUAUGACCUUAUUGCCGUGUCAAACCACUAUGGAGGAAUGGGAGGCGGUCACUACACAGCGUAUGGAAAGAACAAAGUGGAUGGAAAGUGGUAUUACUUUGAUGACAGCAGCGUCUCCUCUGCCACAGAGGACCAAAUUGUGACUAAAGCAGCCUACGUACUAUUCUAUCAGCGCAGAGACGAGGAAGCCCCAUCCAAACCUCAGCCUUCGGCCUCACUGGGAGGAGCCCCAGAAACAGCCGAAGACCACAUGGACACAAACUGAGGAGCCCCCCCCCGAUAUGACGGGACACGCACUGAAACACACAUGGCAAAUAGAGACACUCUGACGCACACACAAAGCUACUUUAGAAACAGAGGACUACUCACAGACUCAUCAUUAUUAACCCUACCUUCCCCAUAUUUUUUAUUUGAUUUCUGUCUCAUAUGUUGUCAAAUAGAACCAACAGCCUUGUCAGGAGAGUGACCUGAGGCCCUCCCUCUCUGCAGUGGGUGCUCUAUCGAUUCAUGAACAUAGUUUACUAGUGUGGAACUCAAAGGAUUAAAAAAUGGAUAUAGAUCCUUUCACUGGAUCAACACAAUGUUAGAAGUGCCCUCAAAUGCGUAGCUGAACAAAUGUUUCUGUUGCCCCUAACAACAGUCAUAAAUACUUUUUAAAAAAAAAAGCCAAAUGCAAAUGUUUCAACCAAAGCGUACCAAGGUAUUUAUGACGCGAUGAACCAACUGUCUACUUUUUUGCUGUAUUUUGGCAUUGUGCCUAGAUUAAUCUCUUUAAAAUCUUGCUGCGCUGCAGUGAAUGCAAAUUUUAGUGUGAUGUCCACACAGAACAAUACAUGCUUGUUGAAAGAAUCCUGCUACCUUCUUCCAUCUGUGCAGAGUGAAGCACUGACGGGGAUCUCUGCAGAGUAGCUGUGGCAGCUGUGCUACCUGCCUGCAAGGUCUGUGUUGCAAUCUAAAACCGCAGAGGGGGUGGUGUCUUGUGUUUUUUAGGUUUUAAGAUCGACAUCUUGACAUGUGCACCCUCCCCCCAUUGGAACACAGUUUGGUGUAAAUUUGCGUGAGAAAUCCCAACCCACUAACACAUUUUCCUUUUUUUUUGUAAUCACAAUGCAAAAGCGGCCUUUUGAUUCCUGCAACCUGACAAAAAGGAGGCACUUUGAAUUCUCCAUAAGUACAUUAUCUACCUGCUUCUUGGGUAUGUAUGGUUUGGCCUUAGCAUUAAGGGUUAUGGUCUGUCGUACACUUCCAGAUCAUUUUUAAUGUGUCUUAUAAGAAUAUUUUGAUUGCUGCCUGAUUGGACCCCUAGCUCACCUGCAAUGGCUUCUCCUUAUUAGUCUUGUACAUUAAUGCAGCUCUGUAUUGAAAUGGCUCUGUUAUUUGAUAUCUUCAAAGCACACUGAGUGAAGCAAAAUAAACUAGUAUAAAAGUGGUGCUUUCUUCAUGAAACUUGAAACUUGCUCCUUGUCUUGAGGAACAAUCUACAUGUGUCAUCAUCGGAUAUGGUCAGGACAUUAUCUGCACUUUAUCUGAUCUCUCGCUGAAUUCAGGCAUUGUGAUCUUAGACUGAACGGCUUAGGAAAAUAUGACACAAUGAUCCAAGUUGGAAGCAUUAGAAAGUUAUGUAUUUGAUUAAUGUUUAUGGAGUCACAAAACAAUCCCAGGAAGCACAGCUUUAAUGGGUAACUUGUAUUAGAUGGACUGAGUAUAAAAAACAGUAUUUAUACUCAGUCCUCGGGGUCUUGCAGUGAAACCAGAUGGCGGUCAGUACUUGAUACAACUUCAACCAUAGAUCUUGUUCUGUGGCAUCAAUAUUACACUCAGUUGUAUAACAGCAUGUUGAAAUGCAGGGCCUCCAGUUGCCCUCUUUGCUGGUUGGUCCUGCUGUCAUUUUGCUUUUGAGAGAUGACUUCCUCAAUAUAAUCACUAGAAAUCACUAGAAAAGCUUUACAUCAUAUCUGUAAUCCUCGCUACUUAAAGACCAAAUGCAGCCAAUCUGGUUUUCCUUCUUUGAAAUCAUGGCAGCAAUUCAAAUUCAAAAAUAACUCAAGAUGUAAAUAAUCAUACUAUUGAAAAUAGGUGUAUAAAUUCUUGUCCUCAUAUUUAUCUGAUUGCCGCUAUUGACAAUAUUUGUUUUUAAAAUAUUUGAAUUCAAAGUACAAUAAAGACUGGAAGCCUCAA